AUGGAAAACUGCGCGGCGCUGUCGCGUGCGCGAGAGGCCGCGGAGGUGCGCGGACCCGCGGGGGAGAUGCCCGCCUGGGCGCGGCCGUCCAACUGCUCUGAUCGGUCGCCGGAUCCGCCCUGGGUGGGUCUUGCCGCUGCCACACCUCCCCUCCGGCUCUCCGUUUCUCAUUCCAGCGCCCUUCCCUCCACCUGCUCAUGUCUCCCUUUGCUCCUCCCUUGUCUCCUCCCCUCCAUUCCUUUCUCCUCACCCCACCCUCCCUUCUUCCUUCCCGCACUCCACCUCUUCCGGAGUUUCCCUUUUUUCUUCGUCCUUUCCUCAAACUCUCCUUCUCCCUCCUCCCCUCAUUCCCUCACUCUUCCUCUUCCCUCCUGCAUUAAUCUCCUCGCCCUCCCUCCUCCUUUGCCCACCCAGAUUCGCGGCACGGACGCGGCCAAUCUAGCAAUGACACGUGUUGUGCAGACAGACCUCUGGGGGCACCAGUUCCCGCCGCCCGGCUCCUGCUCGGGGGAGGGGGAAGGCACGAGGAAGCUUCUGGUGGUGGCGUGGCCGCCGGUGCAUGGCUUUGGCAUUGGCGCACAGAUGCACAUCAUGUCUGCUGCUCUCAGCCUUGCCGUGGCAUAUGACCGCAUUCUGACUGUCUUACCGGGGAGUUUCGAGCAUGCCGCACAUGCUGCCUGCAGAGACACAGGCCACCCCUCCUCGCUCUCCUGCUACUUCCUCCCCAUCUCCUCCCUCGAGUGUGAGCGCGCGGGUGCAGUAGCAGUGGCUGAGAAGAGAGCACCGUACGCUCCGCGCAACUUGGAGGAGAUGAAAGUCGCUCUCGCCUCAGACGAGCCCGUUUAUUACAUAGCGGCCAACUUUCCCUGGCCUCUGCGAUUCAAAUUUCAGGCUGAUGCUGCCAGUCUUUGGGGGUCUCCCUGGUACGACCGUCCAAUCACAGUGCACCACGUGGGAGGCUCUCCUGCCAUGUCAGACGAGCUGCUCAAGGUGCACUGGUGGCGAAGCCAAUCGAUCCGUUUCUUCCUGCGCUCCCCCACAGCCUACCUCUGCCAUCUCACCAAUUCCGCCCGCCACCACACAUACGGCUUCAGAGUCGCCCUCUCUCUAACUGCUGCUGCUGCUGCCAAAUCCGCUGCUCUGGAGAUGCUCCGGGGGGGAAGCAGCAGUGGGGAUGGUAGUGGUAGUGGUAGUGGUGGUGGUGGGAAUGGGGGUGGGGGUGGUGGUGGGGGGAUGGAUGAGGCAUGGUUGGGAGCUUUAGCUGAUGUGGAUGGGGGGGUGGUCACUGUUGGUGCUGAUGGGGAGGAUGGCGACGGGGAGAGUGGGAGGGAUGGUAGCGGUGCUGCUUCUGGUGGCAGUGGUAACAGCUCUGAGGAAGAAGGCAGCAGAAGUGGUAAUGGCAACGGUGAAGGCGGUCCACGUGUAGCGAGUUUGUUUUUGAGACGUCUCAAAAACAAACUCGCUACACGUGGUGAAGGCGGACCUGAGAGUGCCACUGACACCAGUAGCAGCAGUGGUGGCGGCGGCGGCGGCAGCAGAAGCAGUGACAUACAGCAUCCCCUUUGGCUCGGAUCAUCUCUCGACUCCUCUCUCCUAGAGACCUCCAUUUGGCCGCUCAACCCUGCAGCAGCUGCUAGCGGACGCCUCUACACCCCUGCUUGCGCAACCCUAGGAAGGAGAGGCGAGGUGGGGGAGGCAGGCGAGGGGGACACAGGCGAAGGGAAGGCGGGGCAAGGGGAAGGGAGGCAAGGGGAGGAGGGGCAGGGGGGGGCGGGGCAGGGGGAGGUGGUAUCCUGGGCGGGGUUAUCUGAGGAGCCGUACCUGCCGCGGCCGAUAGUGAGUGUGCAUGUGAGGCAGGGCGACAAGGCUGGCGAGAUGCGCCUGCUGCCUCUGAGGGCGUUUGUGGCAGCGGCGCAGCACAUGAGGAGGAAUGCGCCGAAUCUGAACCACAUCUGGCUCAGCACUGAGAUGCAGAGUGUCAUAGAGGAGGCAAAGGAGCAGCACCGGGAUUGGACGUUUCUGUUCACGCAGAACCCAAGGCAGGAGGGGGCGAUGACCAUGCAUGAAUACGAGGCUGCUGUGGGUGCAGAUGUGCUGGUGGGGCUCAGCUUCGUCAACCUCAUUAUAGCGUCACAGUGCGACUAUUUUGUUGGUACACUUGGGUCGAAUUGGAACAGGCUUAUAGAUGAACUAAGGUGUACCAAUGGACGAUUGUUUAGCGGGUACUUGGCUUUAAACCACGGUCAAUGGAGAUGA